GUAGUGCAGCUCAACGACAAAUUCAACGAUCCUGUGUGGAAUUUUGCGUUACUAUAUAUAUUAAUAUAUAGUAUGUCACGUUCGCACGUGUGUGAAGGUGGGAACGAAUCAUCGUUUGCAGAUAUAUACAUUUGCGUACGUCGGUUAUGCUCGUGGAAAUAUGUUCGAUCAUGUGUGAAAUUGCGAGUCAGACAGGACGUGAUUGCGCGAACAUGUGCGAGUGAAAAUGUCGGCCGUUUGAACGCGAUCCGUGCCGGUUGAAUGAAGUUCGUGAUUAUGUCGCGUAUGGAUGGAUAAAUAUAAGGUUUCGUGGUCUAUUCAGAGCUCGUCAUAACGUCGCUGACGGGGAGCCACGAAAAUGUCGGCGCUGCAUUGAGGUGUUUUUCGGCGCGAGUUGUAAUGCAGUUUAUUAUCGUUCGUGAUAACGCCUGUCGCGAUAACGAUCGCUCCAACGUGUCUUUCGCGAUGCUGUUGCGAACAUAAUGAAAAGUAAGAUGUCACCGUUCCGCAGAAAAAAGUCGGGAAAGUCGUUUCCCGUGAAAGUCUGCACCUUGGAUGCAGAGCUCGAGUUUAAUCUGGAGUGGAGAUCAACAGGCAGAGACCUGUUUGAUUUGGUGUGUCGCACAAUAGGGUUAAGAGAAACAUGGUACUUUGGGUUGCAGUACGAGGAUGCCAAAGGUUUUAUCUCCUGGUUAAAACUGGAUAAGAAAGUCCAAGAUCAAGGUAUUUCACAGCAACCAACAACACCCUUUAUGUUUCUGGCCAAAUUCUAUCCUGAGGAUGUAUCUGAAGAACUUGUACAAGAAGUUACUCAACAUCUAUUCUUCCUUCAAGUAAAACAGGCUAUAUUGUCUAUGGAUAUUUAUUGUCCACCUGAGGCUUCUGUAUUGCUAGCUUCCUAUGCUGUGCAAGCAAAGUAUGGCGAUUACGACGAAGUAUCAUAUCGCCCGGGAAUGCUUGCUAGCGAAGAUCUGCUUCCACAGAGAGUAAUAGAUCAGUAUCAAAUGACUCCUGAAAUGUGGGAGGACAGGAUAAAAAUUUGGUAUGCUGAUCAUCGCGGCAUGUCUAGGGACGAGGCAGAAAUGGAAUACCUUAAAAUCGCUCAAGAUCUCGAUAUGUACGGCGUAAACUAUUUUCCUAUUAGUAAUAAAAAGGAAACGGAUCUUUGGCUCGGAGUAACGGCUUUGGGAUUAAAUAUUUACGAGAAGGAGAACAAGCUAGCACCGAAGACUACGUUCACAUGGUCAGAGAUCCGUCACAUCAGCUUCGACGACAAGAAGUUUGUAAUCAAACCCGUGGAGAAAACGUCGCCAAACUUCGUAUUCUUCUCGCAGAAAGUUCGCAUGAACAAAUUGGUAAAGAAACAGUCAGAUGUUGGCAGCUGGGUGAAGGGGUUGAUAGCUUUAGGGUUGGACGAACAUAAUAGUGACAAAACUGCUCACGUAUUAUUUGUUAAGAUCCUGGACCUGUGUAUUGGCAACCACGAUCUAUUUAUGAGGAGGCGUAAACCAGAUUCUAUGGAAGUUCAACAGAUGAAAGCACAGGCCAAGGAAGAAAAACAGAGGAGGCAAGUCGAAAGAAGCAAAUUAGCACGAGAAAAACAGUUGAGAGAAGCAGCUGAGAGAGAGAAAGCUGCAAUGGAACAGCGACUUCUGCAGUAUCAAGAAGAGAUUCGACUUGCGAACGAAGCUCUCAGGAGAUCUGAAGAAACAGCAGAUCUUUUAGCUGAGAAAAGUCGCGUAGCCGAGGAAGAGGCGAUGCUUUUAAGUCAGAAAGCGUCGGAAGCUGAACAAGAGAUCACUCGUAUACGGUUGAAUAACAUGAAGACUGAAGAAGAAAAGGUCCAUUUAGAACGAAAGACUAGAGAAGCUGAACUAUUAACGGAAAGACUGGUCCAAGAAUCAGAACGUAGAGCAGCCGAGGCGGAGAAAUUAAAAGACGAACUAUUACGCGCGAGAAUUGCCGAGAAAGAGGCCAAGGAAAAACUGUUAGAGUUCCUCAGUAGAAAUGCUUAUAGUGCUACUAUACCUCCUGUAUCGAACUUGUUUCCCUCUACACAAGUUCUACCAUCGGACCUUCAAGCGGAUCUUCAAAAUAUUCAACUCGAUGCAGAACCCCUACCCGACCUGCGCUCCUACGAUCUCAUUGCCGAAGGAGAUGUCGACCAACUCUCGCUGGAAAUUGAGAAGGAGAGAGUUGAUUAUUGGGAGAAAAGCAAACAUCUGCAAGAACAGCUACGGGAACUACGUUCCGAGAUUGAAGUUAUGAAGGUCGGCGAGAAGCAGUGCGAGUUAGAUCAACUGCACGAGGAACAGGUUCGCCUUGGUGAGAAUAAGUAUAGUACACUGAAGAAGGUGAAAUCCGGUUCUACUAAAGCUAGAGUUGCCUUCUUUGAAGAAUUAUAAUACAAAUACCAUGUAUUCUUCCUUAAAAACUUCUUUUUUAAGAUGGCAAUGCCAAUUGGCUUUAUCCCUCCAUCUUCGCAUGCUGAAUAAAAUGAUAGUAAAAUUCUCUCAAUUGAAUUUGAAAAUUAUGAAAAAAUUAAGUGUGGACACGUACGUACGUAUACGUUGUAGAAUAUUCAAACGUACGCUUAUAUACGGAACGUUCCAUCGUUGCUGGACUAAAGUCUCGAAUUUAUAUUUUUUAGAGGAAUUGAUAUUUCUUGGGGUAGAAUUAAUAUUUUUUUAUAACGCUUCAGAAAGUGGAUAAAGUAAUCUACUUUCAUGGACGCUAAGUAUUGAAUAUUGUGCUGUCGACGACAAAGCUGUCGUCUAAUUAAUCUGGAGCGAAUAUUAUUUCACCAUAGCUUUUAUAUAAAUAUAAUACUUUAGUGUUGAUUGGCGAAUAAUCGGUUAUAGAUUUGUUAGAGAAUCUACUAUUGUGUUAAGAUUCAAUCAAUGAUUGUCAAUGAUGGAACAUUCCAUAUACACACGAUAUGUACAUUUCGCGUUGUUAUAAAAUGCAACAUGUUAAAUAUAUCUGCAUGCUAGCGGAUAAAAUAUAUAAUUAUUCGACUCGCCUAUGAGAAUGACGUGAAACAAAUCAAAAUGAAUACGCUAUUUUCAUUUAGGUACGUAUAUACGUUUCAAUAUGUAUAUGUACUCUUGUAAAUUUCCGAGUGGAUAUUUCAUAUCUGGUGUCUCUAGUAUGUCUCUUCAUCGUGCAUGUUUAUCAAAUAUACUUAAUAAAUUAUAUUCGACAAUAUACGCACCAAGAGAAUAUACAACCAUAACGAAUAUAAAAUCUUCAAAGAGAAUUCUAUUUUUUUAGAGAUACGGGAUGUUUUGUUUUUUCAAAUUGUUGUAAAUUUGAUUGCAAAAAAAGUGUUCGGCAAAAUACGAUUGCUUCACAAUCGUGUAGUGACUUCUGCUUUUCUCUGCAACACGUUUGCUUCAAUUUCCCAAAGAAUUGAAAAUACUCUGCGUACUAACGCGUAACGCGUCUAAAUAUAUUGAUUGUUAACGUAUGUCCAACGAUAGUUCAGCUUAGGAGAAUUAUAUCAGCUUGAGAAAAUCCAGUAGAAUAAUUUCAAUCGUUUCAAUGUAUCACAAAGCGUUUCAUACUGUUGACCGCAGCCAUCAUUUUUAGGGAUCAAUUAAGUCAAUUAUGGUGCUUUACGAGAACUGAAAUGUAACAAUCAAAAUUUUUACACAUUUUGCCUUGAUCUUGAGAUAUUACGAUGAAAACGGCAAAGCAUAUAAUAAUAUCAUACGCGUAAAAUAAAUAUUGAACUGUAAGACUUUUAUUCGUAAUCGAAUAGAAUGACUGCCGAUUUCUUUCUCGGCCUUAUCCAUAUUUGUCGCAUAAGUGCCUGCCUGUUUAACAUAUAAGAACAUACGACGGAUGAUACACGGGUUUAUCAUCCGUUCUAAAUGCUCAUGGUUACUUCAAUGCAGGCUGUAUAUGAAAUAUUUGCCGUUCUACGUAGAAUAUACGUUAUGACAAUAAUGAAUAUUAAUGGAUUAUUGGAAAAGUAUAUUUUUAUUUAUGUGUGCAUAUAUAAGAGUUCCUUUGUGAAAUUUCUCUCACCCCACUUCGCCCUCAUGAGAUAAAUUCACAUCGUUAUCUGUGAUUCAUCUUGCAUCUUGCUUCAUAAAAAUACUUGAACAUCCACAAUCCAUUUCCGUGUUUGUAAAUGUCGACAAAAGAUCAAUGAUUUAAACAAACUUUGCACUUUAAUCUUUCUGUACAAUGCAAUUAAAGUAGUAGUAUCGUGUCGUACAUUGAAUACAUUGGAUUGUAAACGAAAAUAACGUCGAUCAGUAUUGUAUGUGACAUAAGAGAAUGUGUACCUGCAAAUAUUAUAAUUUCGGAUUAACUUUCUCGAUUUAGUUAUUAAUCGGUAUUCGAAAUUCACAUUGGACAUAUUUACAUUAUCUCGAAUUUGAAGUUUAUAGAUAGAAAUGUGUGUGAUAAUGGCUAUAUUGGCACUUUUUACGACGCACAAUAUUUUAGAUACAAUUAGCAGUUAGUAUUGAUAUUUGAUUCCCAAUAUUCGACUGUUUCCGAUGAUGAUUACAUAUAUGUACGAUAAUUGUAAACUGACACUGUGUCAUUGUUGACAUUAAAUAUUGGACCAGCAAUAAAAACGGUAUAGUUUUGUUAUAUCGUUAAAUACGCACUCUAUAAAUAUUCAAGUAAAUUGUAGAGUUUACAAAGUUGGUGAAAAUAAAUGCAAAAGGAAAACCUAAGGAGAUAAUGAUCGACGUUUUGUCGCAAUCAAGAAUAAAAUUCUCUUCGAAGCUGUAAUUAAUUUGUAUGUUUCAUUACAUAGGAAGAAUGUGCCUUACUACGUUAUAAUGUGUCUUAAACAGUUUUACUUUGUUGUAGAGAGCGUUAAUUUGUACAUAGUAGUUACACUGAGCACUUUCUCUGCAUUAGCAAUUCAAUAUUCGAAGCAUCGUGCAUUAAAACAUCGGGAUCACUUUGGAAUGUUAUUUGUGGCGUUCUUCGACUCGGCGUACGCUAAUAUUGUAAUUUUAUGAUAACGAUAUAAUUUUAAAAUUCUAGGUUGCUGUAUUUUAUUAAAAUGUAAGUUUGUAAAAAUUAUAUUAUAGUCAUUAGUGAUUUAGCAAUUAGAAGCGUUUAGAACCUUGCCAUUUAAUAUGCUGAAAAGUCACGAGAAAUAAAGUUUGUUAUUUUGA